AUGUCGCGCUCCUUCUAUGUGGAUUCGCUCAUCGUCAAGGACGCGGCGGCGAGGCCGGUGCCUUCCCUGUCGGAGCCGCCGCCGCCGCCGCCGGCUCCCGGGCAGGACUUCCUCAUCCCGCUGGGCGUGCCGGGGCCUCUGGUCAUGUCCGUAGCCGGCGGGCCCGCCUGCCCGUCGCGCAAGAGCGCCGGCGGCUCCUUCUGCGUCUGCCCGCUCUGUGUCACCUCGCACCUGCACGCCUCGGCGCGGGCGGGAGCGGCGGGAGGAGGAGGAGGAGGAGGCGCCGCCGCCGCCGCCUCCCUGCAACCGCUGCUCAAGGGCCACUUCGCUCCCGGAGGAGCCGGCCCGGGCGGCGAAGGCCCGUUCUGCCCUCGGAUGAGCCAUGUCCAGCAGCAGGUCGGCCCGCAGCAGCAGCAGCAGCCGCCCCCGGGCACGGCGGCUCAAGCCUUGGCCCACCCACCUGUUUGUGCAGCGGCCGCCUACGGCAUGAGCGACCCCCGGCGUUUCCACUGCCUCGGCCUCGGAGGUUCGGACGGCGCCGGCCCGCUGCAGAACGGCAAGCGGAUGCGCACGGCUUUCACCAGCACGCAGCUGCUGGAGCUGGAGCGGGAGUUUUCGGCCAACAUGUACCUGUCCCGGUUGCGGCGGAUCGAGAUCGCCACGUACCUCAACCUGUCGGAGAAACAGGUGAAGAUCUGGUUCCAGAACCGGCGGGUGAAGCACAAGAAGGAAGGCAAGGGCGCCCAGAGGAACACGCACGGCGGCGGCUGCAGUUGCGCCGGCGGCAACCCGGGUCGCUUCCCCAGAUCCGAGGACGAAGAGUCGCUCUCCCCGGCCUCGGCCAACGAAGACAAGGAGGUCUCCCCGUUGUGA